AUGCGCUGCAAUGCAAUGCAGGUGCAGGUGCAGUCCUCUAGUCCUCUGUUCCUCUAUUCCUCGAGUCCCCGAGUCCUCGAGUCGUCGAGUCGUCUAGUCUGCUCCGUCGCGGCUCUCGGUACUCUAUCUGGUAUCUACGGACUCGACUACCGGUCCGGUAAAUGUCCUCUACUCUAUUCGACGGAUAUCCAGGACUUGACGCCUUACCCGCCCAAUACCAUCCGCAGCUCUGACUGCAUGCUGCAGGCGGGAUGGCUGGCUGGCAUUUCUCCCGAGACGGGUCCUCCCAGGAAAUGCACGUCGGGCGCCGCCGCGCUGCACGCCGACGAGGCUUUGGAUUCCGGCCGCCAUUGCUUGUAUACUUACAGUAUCCAUAUCCAUAUCCAUGUCCUGGUCCUGGUCCUGGUCCUGGUCCCCCCCUGUCCCCUCGUCCCUCGCGCCUGGAGGAGAAGAGAUCGCCACCAGCCCGUCACCGAAGGAGGAGCGUCCCGUGGGGUUACAGAGGGGGAUCGCAGUCUCCCCUUCCCGGCUGCCGAACCCUUCCCGGCACAAGCACGCUAUGCCGCGGCUGGGACGGCACAUCCUCCCCGGAAUAGACGGGCCCAUGAUGUAAGUACGGCGCGAGCGCGAGAUAGAGUUUUUUCGCCGCCAAGCGGCCCCUUUGCGCCAUGGUUCGGGCUGCUUUGCCACCAGACGACGGGUAUCCCGGCCGAACUACGGGUCUGGGCAGCCGGCAUUGGCAUCCAACUCUGUAUCGAGGUCGUACCACCUCUCCGUUAA